UCAUACCCUCCCCGGUUGCAGCGGGUAAGCCUUUCAACGAAUAUUUGUGAGCAUACUAAACAUCAAGCGAGGAAUGCCAAGAAUUGGAAGCGGCUGCUGCGUCGAAGUAGUACUAAAAAUACCAGCAGAAGCAGGAUCGAUAAUAAUAGUACCAGUACCAAUAAUAGUACCAGUAAUGCAACGGUCAUGAUCAGGGCAAAUGAACCAGUAAAGAGGACGAACAAGAAGGUCCGACAACAACGGUAUAAUAAUAGCAAAGUCAGCAGCCGCGAUCCGCAGCAAACAGAUUUGAAGCUUUUUUACGGGAAGAUUAUGUGGAUUUUGACCCGCUCAACAGCGAGUCAAUAUGGUGUUGACGAGUUUUCGAUC